CAAGGGGCUUGCCUAUAUACCGUAAGGGGCCUUCUUUUCCCGGGCGUUGCAAUUUACAAUAGACCUACUCUCUAUCUAUUUCAUCGCCGUCAGGUUCGAUUUGUUUGAAAGCUUCUCACCUCCCAAGUACACCCUGGCACAUGUGUCGUGCUUCAUUCAUCGACUGACUGACGCCGGUGGGCUAGCUUGCAAUUGUCCAAUUCCUGCUCUUCCCACUGGAUCAUGCAAGUUCGCGCUACGCUCUCCCGCAUAUAUCGUCGUCGGUAACCGUCUCCUGGAACGUGUAUAAUAGAGUCCCUGUCAAUAGUCGCCAUGGAUGGCGCGGAGAACCCUUCCGUCACCACGGCGGAAGCCCCUUUCCACGCGGCGCCCAUGCUCGCAAGACGUCGCAAACACGAUCGCUCGCGCCCUUAUUCUGCCAACCCCUCGACAGCGGUUGACCCGGCCUCGCCGGAGGUCAUCACCUCGUUGAUAUCCUCCCUUUCGACCAUCUCUGUCGGCCUGCAGUCUCACUUUGACAACAUCCCGCGCAUUGAUUCGGAAACGGACCCCUCGUCGCUCGUAUUUUUCCCUGCCGAAAAACUUCCCGUUUCCGACCAACAGCCACCCAAGGAACCUGGAUCUGGACUGACUUACGCGCACAACAUCGAGGAGUCAUCACAGCACUCUUUCCUCCAUCCGGAUGAUGCGGCCGUCUCCCCCGUCGUUCGUAUGGCUCGCCCGCCGCAACCUCCAAAGACCAAGACUACCGUUGAGCCACCGAAUUCUCCGGCGAGACCUACAUCUAGAAGCUCCUACACUUCGUGCAAGGCUGCGGGGGAAGACUCGGCAUUUGGCAUGAUUACCGCGGAACCCGGACCACGAGUUUCCACGGCAGCCAGUAUUCAUUCAACCAGUUCGAGAAAGAGCAUAAGAAGUUUAUUGAGAAAGUCUUCGCGCGAGUUCUCAAGUGAUAAGCAAACAGAACGACUGCGAAAGACAAAUAGCUUUACGGACGGCCAAAAACACCACAUUCCGCGCAGCAGAGCUAGCUUGCGCUCAUUACAUUCCAUGGCGAACGUCGUGGAAGAGGGCCGGCCCGGCCAGUCGAAGUCAGAGCUAGGCACACCCACUGGAAAAGAGCGCCCUUCGUUACAAAGCAAUCGGGAGAGCGCUCCAAGCACGCCAGGCGGAAUUGGAAGCGGACGAGUUAUCCCAGCUCGGGAGUCAUCCCUGCGACAUAGCCACUCUGCCGGCACCAAACACCGAAAAUCAGCCCGUCAUAGUCGAUAUUCCUCCAUAAGCAGCCGCGAAGCGAAAGCGGACAGUGGCAUAUCCGGGUUUGGUGCCGAAGCGGAGCAAGUAACGAAAAGGAUUCAAGAGCUGAAGGACCAGCAGCAGAAGAUCAAAAGCGAAUUGGAGACAGAUAACACACCAUACCAGCCCACAAGAAAGCCGUCCAACGCAUCCGUGAGACCGUCAUACCAUACAAGUGACGCGAGGAGCAGCGUUACGCGAGUUGACAAUGGCCGCCAAGCGGCUCUCGAGGAUGAGGAGAGCGCCCCGUCUCCUGCUAUCCUGACGGGGAAAAGUCGAUCGUUCCCGCGCAACAGCCCGCAGGUUGCAUCGAAGUCAAACAAUCCCUCCUCUCAGCCAUUUGGGCCAAGGCAGUCCUUCGAACCGGCUGAUCCGCUGGAAAAACUACGUUACAGGCGAUCCGUGGAACCGACAACGCCGACCAAACUGCACAAACGAUCCCCUUCGGGCCCUGGGUCCAAUACGCGUGCUUCCGGGGUGGGCGACGAACGACCAUCGAGUUCUGAUUCCAUCGACCUGGCGGUCCUAGACUAUGUAUCUUCCCAUAAGCUCACACAAAGAGUUCUGCAUCCUACAAGUGGGCGUGUGAUAGCAUUCUCAGAAGUUGGAGACCCUAAAGGUCAUGUGGUACUCUGCUGUCUUGGUAUGGGACUGACUCGAUAUUUGAUGGCAUUCUACGACGAAUUAGCACGGUCUCUAGGGAUCCGGCUCGUUACUUUGGAUCGACCUGGAGUUGGAGAAAGUGGGCCUUAUGUGAAUGAGAUCGCAACACCUCUCAGCUGGCCAGAUGACGUUGCAAUUGUCUGUAAUCAUCUUAAAGUCACCAAGUUCUCCAUCUUGGCGCAUUCUGCGGGUGCCAUCUACGCAUUAGCCACCGCGUUGAGAAUUCCGCAGCAUAUUCGUGGCCGCAUACAUCUCUUAGCGCCUUGGAUACCCCCUUCACAGCUAUCCAACAUCGGCUCUCCCAAAAACCCGGUCCCGAAUAAUGCCGUGCCCUACUCGCAAAGGAUCCUCCGGGCCUUACCCACUUCCAUUCUCAAGGUUGCCAAUUCCAGCUUCAUGAGUGCAACAAGUGCUAGUAUUACCUCUAGUCUACCAAAAUCCCCUCGACGGGCCAAACGACGGGCCACCAUGAAAGAUAGCGCUCGCCCGAUACCCGUUGAAGGGGAAAGCAAUGGCAGCCCGCAACCGGAGAAGACCAAUGUCAAAUCGGUCGACACGCCGAAACCCCCCCCAGUCCCCACUGGGUUAAAUGAUCGAAAAGGCCAAGUGACGACGAGUCAGAAUACAGUCGACUCCCAGGAGCGUGAACGCCAGAUGGAUUAUGACAAUCGACUGACGCAUAAGAUCUGGGAGUUGGCGACCACCAAUGCGAACCCCGCGGUAGAUCUGCUGGUUUGCUUGGAGCGUCAUCAGCCGAUUGGGUUCCGGUAUGUUGAUAUCACGCGAAACGUGGUGAUUCACCACGGAAGUCGAGACACGCGGGUCCCCGUGGAUAAUGUCCGAUGGUUGGGUCAAACCAUGCGGCGGUGCGAGGUGCGAGUGCUCGAGGGCGAAGGCCACGGAUUAAUGGCCUCUGCGACAGUGAUGGGCAAUGUCCUGAUGGAAAUUGCCCAGGAGUGGGAUGAUUGGAUGAUCGUGGUGCAAGGCAAGCGCAGAGCGACCAUUGGAACACGGUCCGGUAUAAAAGCUGGAUGAACUCAAGGCUACGCCUGAUAGAAGAAGAAGAAGAAGAAGAAGAAGAAGAAGAAGAAGAAAGAGUGACUAUGUGCUGUAUCUUGGAGGCAGGCUUUAUAUGUGGACGAUUCAAGUGAGUGGGGGUUGGGUUGUCGAGCUAUAUACACCACUGCAGGCAGGUUCUGUGGUGGUUGCAUCACGUCGCUGUUUGAAGGGGAUGAUUUCCAUCUUGCAUCUAUAUAUAUAUACACGCUGAUACUGACUUUUUACGUCCCCAUGCCCCCAUGCCCCCAUGCCCAUGCCCCGAUGUUGUGUGUUUUUGCUUAUCCUUUUUUAUAUAUUUGAUCAUGAUACCAUUAGUUCUAGCCUCAUACCCAGACAUAGCAUAGAUAUUGAUAAUUUAAUUCUUAAUUACC